AUGCAGCGCUUCAUGAGCAGAGAAGAACUCAUCACUGAUGCCGUUUUUUGCGGACUCGGCUCGUUGUUCUACAUUGCCAACACGCUUCAGAACUGGCGUCGUUUCAAGCUUCGCCUGGGCGCUACCCAGAGCUGGUACCACGACAAGCACUACGUAUCGGCAGUCGUGCUGGCUCUUCUCUUCCUCUUUGGUAAUAUAGCCUGUUCAUUAUGGAUUGGCAUUGCGCACAAGCGUGGCUUACCAGAUGCCGUUCCUGGGAUAAUGUGGCAAGCCACCAUUGCCAUAUGCUUCGCCGGUUCUGAGUCAGCUGCACAUACAGAGAUGCGAUUGAUCAAGAGCAGGUCAGACAAGAAGCGUGCCGAAGCUACGUCAAACAGGCGGAGGUCUGUUAGCUGGAUGGAUGGCCAGUCGCAGCAGAGCCUAUGUCACCGGGAUCAGGCCGGUAUCAUUGUAUAA